GGGAAGGCUCCGCUGCCACUGCCCUUUCCUCGUCCAGCCACGUCCUGCAGCCUGGCACAGGAGCCCAGAGGCGGCUCGGGGCGCCGGGUGUCCCCACGGGUGGCUGGAGCAUUGUCGCAGCAGCGCAGCCCGCACUCCCGAGGAGUCUGGGCUCGCCAAGCCCUCGCCGCCACCUGCUCCAUGCGCGCUGCCUUUGCUUCCUGCGGCUUUAAAGUUCCCUCGGUGCACAAAGCGAAAGAGGGAGGAGAAAGCGUUUCAUCAUCGCUGCCGAGAGCCGACUUAUAAGAACUUGGCGCUGCCGCUGCCGGGCUCACUCGCAGCCUCGCAGGGAUUCCGGCACAGCCCGUGCGGGCCGGGGAGCAGCGGCAGCCCACGCACAGCCCGACAGUUCGGGGCUCCCCGGGAAGCCCUCGCCAUGGGAGUCCGCCCCGAAGUUGGCAAAUCCCCGGUUGGCAUCCCCAAGAGCUCCAGCACCUGCUCCAGGAGUUUUUUCUGCAACAUCAAAGUGUUUGUGCUGUGCCAUGGGCUCCUCCAGCUCUCCCAGCUCCUCUACAGCGCCAACUUCAAGAGCAGCCUCACCACCAUCGAGAAGCGCUUUGGGCUCUCCAGCCUCUCCUCAGGUUUCAUCUCCAGCUUGCAUGAGAUCGGCAACGUGGUGCUCAUCAUCUUCGUCAGCUACUUCGGCAGCCGGGUGCACCGCCCGCGCGUGAUCGGCGUGGGGGGGCUGCUGCUGGCCCUGGGGGCCUUCCUGGUGACCCUGCCCCACUUCCUAUCGGGCCCCUACGAGUACACUGCACUCAGCACGGGUAACAAAAGCCAGGGGCAGGUUGAGCUGUGCUAUGCAGAGAGUAGAUUUGUGUGCUCAAACACCACCCGGGACCCCGAGAAGGAGGCCAGCAGCGUGUGGGCCAUGAUGGUCAUUGCCCAGCUGCUGGCCGGGAUCGGGACCGUGCCCAUCCAGCCCUUUGGGAUAUCCUACGUGGAUGACUUUGCAGAAUCCAACAAUUCCCCACUGUAUGUUGCCAUCCUCUUUGCCAUUGCUGUGUUUGGCCCUGCCUUUGGAUACUUGCUGGGGUCUGUGGUGCUGCGGCUCUUCGUGGAUAUCGGGAGGGUUAACACUGUGGACCUGACGCCGAGCGACCAGCGGUGGAUCGGGGCCUGGUGGCUGGGGCUGCUCAUCUCCUCGGGCUGCCUGGUGCUCACCUCCAUCCCUUACUUCUUCUUCCCUCGGUACAUGCUGAAAGGAGAGGAGCAGAACACGGAGGCCGGGAUGCUCAGGAAGAUGGAGACAGGGGCUGCUCAAGACACCUCCCUGCUGGAGUUCAUCAAAAGAUUCCCAAAGAUCUUCCUCAGGCUGCUGCUCAACCCCCUCUUCAUCCUCCUGGUGCUGGCUCAGUGCAGCUUCUCCUCCGUCAUUGCGGGUCUGUCCACCUUCCUCAACAAAUUCCUGGAGAAGCAGUACGGUGCCUCCCCCUCCCAGGCCAACUUCCUCAUAGGAGCUGUGAACCUGCCGGCAGCAGCACUUGGGAUGCUGCUGGGAGGGAUCAUCAUGAAGCGCUUCUCCUUCUCCCUGCGCGCCAUCCCGCGCUUCGCCGUGGUGGUGCUCGUCUUCUCCAUCCUCAUCUGCCUGCCCCUCUUCUUCAUGGGCUGCUCCACAGGGCACAUCGAGGGCAUCUACCACCCCAGUACACCCAACUCCCAGCAGCAGGUUAAGGCACGGGUUGGGUGCCAAUGCUCUAAGCAGAUCUUCCACCCCGUGUGCCGGAAAAACACCACGGAAUACAUCUCACCCUGCUUCGCUGGCUGCACCAACAGCACCACCAACCCCUCCAACCCCAGACAAACGAUCUACCACAACUGUUCCCUAAAUGGGAAUGAGCUGUUCUCCACCUACACGGGCUCUUGUCCAGUCAGCUGCUCCCAUAUGCUCCUUCCUGCCGUAUUCCUCAUCUCCUUUGCUGCCCUGGUCGCCUGCCUGUCCCACAACCCCCUCUACAUGAUGGUGUUACGAGUGGUGAACCAGGAUGAGAAGUCGUUCGCCAUCGGGGUCCAGUUCUUACUGAUGAGACUGCUGGCCUGGCUGCCGGCCCCGGCCAUGUUCGGAGCCCUCAUCGACUCCUCCUGCAUCUACUGGCAGCAGCAGCAGUGCAGCCCGGGCCGCUUCUGCGCCUACUACAACAACGAUUUCCUCCGAAACAGGUACCCUGUGCCCCGGUCCCGGGCAGGGGAGGGGCCCCAGCCCAGCCUGGGGGCAGCUGGAAGUGCCAGCUGCAGACGUGGCAUGUCCCUGCUCUUCUCCCGACAGAUACCUGGGGCUGCAGGUGGGCUACAAGGUGGUGGGCACCGUGCUGCUCGCCCUCAUCAGCUGGAAGGUGAAGAGGAGCAAGGAGUACAACGUGCAGGAGAAGGCGGCGGGGCUGGUGUAGCCCCCGAGGACUGACUCGCACCCCCAUCACCCACUGCCACUACUUUAUCUUGUUUGGGUUUGUUUCACUUCCCACGGGAGCGAUUCCGCAGCUCCGAGCUCCCCUCCCGCAGCCCAGUGCUCCCGGCGAGGGAUGCUCCGGGCCAGCCCCGUCCUGGGAAUGGCAUCUCCCAGGCUCUCCAGGUACCCUGGCAGGGGCAGCCCCGGCCAGCUGGAGCAGGAGGCAGAGGGAGCUGGAACACACGGACCCGGAGAAGCGCCUGCUGUGGGCGAUGGUCCCGCUCCGGUGUGACAUUCCCGGCCGGGAGGUGCUUUCCCGGCUGGCACAGCAGCAGGGGAGGUGGCUGCCAGCCCGGAGGGGCUGCCCGGUGUCCCCCCGCCCGCAGCCCCCGCAGAGGUCAGCAGGGACACCGCACGCGUGUUGGGACAAGACAGCACAAGGGGUUUGUUGCAGAACAUCUGGGGUUUGUUGCUCUUUUUAUUUUUUAAAUAAAGGUCACUUUUCCAA